ACUGCCCUGGAGGUUAUUUUGGCUGGCACUGUAAGUUAAAAUGUGAAAACUGUGAAGGGGAAGAAUGCGACCAAGACACAGGCAAAUGCUUAACUGCAUGCAAGAAUGGAUUCUAUGGACAUCAUUGCCUGUUUGUCUGCCCCGCUAACCUGUAUGGUGAUGGCUGUGUGAACCAGUGCCACUGCAAGCAUCCAGGUGAAGUCUGUGAUCAGAAUGGGGUGUGCAAAAGUGGUUGUGCUGAUGGUUGGACAGGGAUCCAGUGUCAAACAC